CGAUUCUCAGUUUUCAAUUUCUAAAUGCUACAAUUUCAGGAUGGUAAUGUGAUUUGUAUUAAAGAAAGCUGCCCUCCACUUAAUUGUCCCUUGGCGGAAAGAUUACCAGGACAAUGUUGUGCUCAGUGUCAAGAAUGUACUUAUAAAGACCGUUCUUACAAGAAUGGAGCAAUGUGGUUCUCAGAUGACGACUCCUGCACCUCUUGUAUCUGCCAUGAUGGUUCUGUUACAUGCUCGGAACUCCAGUGUAUCGUGCCAUGUUCCAAUUACGUUGAAGAACCAGAUCAAUGCUGUCCUGUGUGUCCAAGUAAGGCAAUAAGUAUUCUCAGCUUAAUUCUUGUCUGUAGGAGCUGUGCAGAAAUCGUUCAGUUUUGUGUUGUUAAAAUUGUUCACGUUCAAUACCAACUAGAAGGCACAAAAGAGGCAACUUCUAAAAGUUUUUCCUCUUAA